GUUAUUAAAACAAAGGUGGAAAAUCAUAGGUGGAAAGUAGAAUAGAAAUAUACAAUUCUGUCAUAUUUUAUCAUUGAAUGGGUGCAUUUUUAGCCUGUUGAUUGCGUUGUUUCAUUCCGCCUGUUUCCUUCAGAAGUGGGACUUCCACUCCAGUCCAGAGGGGGCGGCAAUAAGUCUGAAAGCGAGUUUUACGUAUUAAAAAAGCAAUAACAAAGUAAGGGAACCUAACGCGAAGAAGAAGUAACGUAACAAAAAAAAAUGGCUGAAACCAUGGUCCUCUUCAGUGUUUUUCCUCUGAAAGUCUCCAACAUUCAGUGAGUUGCUACCAGCAUGGACAGCACAGCUCAUUUAGAGGCGGUCCAUGACGGCGGCUACCCGCAGACUCAGUUCGCCGCCGCGGGGAAGCGAGCAUCCUCGCUACCGGGCCACCCGGCUCCACAGUGGACACCCUCACCGGUAAGUGACCCGUACGGAAUUGGGUGUGACUUCAGCGCAUCUUCUCACGGAGGCGUGGGCUAUGGCGGGGCCCCCCUCUUCCCUCCUCCGUAUGGAUUCGAUCCAUCGGUCCCGCCGCCUCCUUUCGGCUGUCUUCCGCCCGGACACUUUCCCAGAAUGGCGCCCCCAGCUGCGGCCGGUGCCUACAGCAACGCUGGACUCUCAACCUGUCAGAACUUCCCUCAGCAGUUCAGGGCUGAACCCCCUCGGUAUGACGGCGGGUCGGAGUCGGUCUUCAGACAGUAUGACGGCCCCCGUGAUGGAGGUGUCCCUUAUGGCCGUCACCUUCCUUUGCGGCGGGAAGGUGACGGCAUCGCGAAACAACCAGAGGAUGAAAAGGCCCGGGUGAGGAGGCAGGACACGGAGUGGAUCAAGCGUUUCUUACAGAGCAGAGGUAAAACAAGCGGGACCCAGCAGCACCAGCAGGAGCUCAACUCCCUUCCUGCCCUGGGACAGGUCCUGUACAGGGCAGCUGAGCUCCUCUCACAGCUGGAAGACUCCUGCCACAAACUCCAACUUAACCUGCACAAUGACGCAGUGUGGCAGGAUUCUUAUUCACGGGCUCGAGAUGUGAAGCAGGAGCUGCAGGACAAAGUGAGCCUCCUCAGUGAUUCCAAGAGUUUCGAUCUACUGAAAAGUAAACUCAGCCGCACGGCGCGGAGGAGGGCCUGUCGCCUGAGGGCCAGGAGGGUGCUGCAGAUGGAGGAGAAGGAGGCAGAGGAACGCAGCCUGGAGAAGGAGGCCGCCAUAGACAAGUGGAGGAUGAUGCAAAUACAGAAGGUGGAGGAGAAGAAGAAGGAGCAGGAGCUGAAACUGGCCGCGGACGCAGUCCUGUGCGAGGUGAGGAAGAAGCAGGCGGACGUGAAGAGGAUGCAGGACAUCUUAAGAUCUCUGGAGAAGCUGCGUAAGCUGAGGAAGGAGGCAGCAUCCAGGAAAGGUGAAGCAAAGGGCUUCUGUGACCGUCUCCGUCCUUCAUGGGGGGAUUCAGGCAUCACCACCGAGCUGCCCUGCGACCAGGCCUUCGACAGCCGGCUGGAGCAUCUGAGGAGCGUGAUAAAGAGGAGGACGGCGGUGUACUCUGCCGAGGAGAAGGCCCUGAUGGUGAUGCUGGAGGGAGAGCAGGAAGAGGAGAGACGGAGGGAGCAGGAGAGACGGGCAAAGAAGGAGAGGGAAAGGCAGAUGCAGAGGAGGCGCAGAGUGGAUGCUAUGCUGUUCGGAGAGGAGCUUCCAGGUGCCUGCAUCCUGCAGCCCUUCACAGACUAUUACAGCCAGGCUCAGCACUCCCUGCAGGCUCUGAUCCAGAUCAGGGGAGAGUGGGAUGCUUUUCUGGUGGCAGAGGACCAUCCCGAGGGUUCAGCGGUUCCCCAGAGCUGGAUCCUGCCGGAGCCGCCUUCGGACCAGGCCUGGGCUUCUGCCCUGCAGGCUGCGGACUGCCUAAUGGAAGGUGUCCCUUUGAAGAUCCCCCAGGCUGCUUCCUUCCAGGAAGUCAAAGAUGACGUCAAGGUCCCUGUGCCUGAUUACCUUAACAUACUACAGGAGGCAGAGUAUGAAUUCAGUCUGGAGAACUGGGUGCUGGCUGGCCUACAGAGUUGUUUCACUCCGCCGCAAAGAACUCAGCCCCCCUCCUCCUCCUCAUCGGGACCCCUGCCGUCUUGUCCACCAUACUGGAUGAUGUUCAGCAGCCCGCAGCAGAGCCGCCUGGCCAGUCGUCACAGCUCUGACUUCUGGGAGCCUAACCCGCGACAGCGCUCCCACAGCCUCAACCCGUCCGUCCUGCGUGCUAAGUUCACCAUCUCCGACUCCGACGAUGAAGGGGAGAGCGCCGCACGGGAAGCCAAAGCUGACCCGUCGGACAGAGUGGACGCGGGAGAUGCCCAGCCUGUUGCUCCCUGCCAGAGGAGGCCUCAGAGGGCUUUCGUCCCCGACCUGCUGAACCCCCCCACCUGUCUGAGCAGCCUGCCGCACCAGAGGAGGAAGAACCUGCGUCAGUGCUCUGUCACAGCGAAGGACGUGUCCACGCAGCAGGAGUCGAAGACAGAGAGACAGCCUCACAGACCCCCCAACAACAGAGCCAACACAGUCCACUCCACCUGGAGCUACCCAAACGCUCUGCACAUGAGAUCCAGAAAAUCCGAGGCCCGCUCAGCCUCCCCCACUGCCUUGCCCCCUCGGGGUCUCUCCUCCGCUUUGGAUUCGUCCGUGGAGCUCUUGUCCGCUCUGAGCCCAGAGGAGAGGGAGCUCCUGGGGGCCAUCACCGCUCGAGGCUACCCCCUCCGAACUGCUAUCAUUGCCCUGCAGAGGAUGGGACAGCAGACCCCAGAUCAGGUGUUCAGUUACCUCGUGGCAUAUGAGCACCUGUGUCAGCUGGGUUACGACAUGGCUCAGGUGGAGGAGGCUCUGGAGAUGUUUCAAAACUGUGAAGCAAAGGCGGAGGAGUUUCUCCACCUGCUGAGUCAGUUCAACGAGAUGGGCUUCCAGCAGAACGCCAUCAAGGAAGUGCUGCUGGUGCACGAAAACCACAGAGAGCGAGCACUGGAGGAGCUGAUGAUGCGCGUGGCCUGACGCAUGAUGACCGCCGCGUUAUGCUAAGACGACCUGACCUUAAUGGAAAGUUUCUGUUCACCUCGAUUAACUGAUUUUUACAUUCCUAAGUUGUGCUCUUUUUAACACACUCUGACCGGAGUCUUUAUAGUAAACCCAAAGAGAUCUGAGUAAUUGUGAUCAUUGUUUACAGAUUUAAUAAAGCUGUGCUAUCUAAAAAAACAACAACAAUUGUCCCGAAAUUCACUAUUGCAAAAUUAGCUUUCCAUGAAACGAAACACCUGGCAGCAUAUUGCUUUGGGAUUAACAUCUGACUCUGCCUCCAAUGACUGAAAGUAAUUGUUUUUUUUUCCCAAGUAUUGACAAGAAAGUUUUUGCUGUCAUAAAGUUUGAAAACAGUUCACUUUUUCUUUCUUUCUUUUUUUUAUACACAUAGACUCUGAAAGUGGCAACAUAUCAACUUAACUGCUUUCCCCUUUCUGGAUAACAUGGCCCUCAUAACCAGGGCCUGGCUGCUCAUGUGUAUGAGAAAAAUAUUGGCCAAAACUGCACAUUCAUUCAUGUUCCUGCCUCCAGGAAGGGAAAGAUCAUCAUAUCAGAAUCAAUCAUAGAUGCUCACAAUCUACACACAAUUUAAUACAAUAGGCUUAUUCUGGCAGAUAGAAAAAAAAUGAAAUUUUGUAUUAGAACAACUAAACUUAGUAGCCCUCUGUCUUUGUUUUGAAAGCAUCACUUUCCUUGGUGUGUCUUCCUUCCAGACACUGGUCACUUUCAAAUAUCUGUCACUGUGGUGCUGCUGAAAACAUUCCCUUAGAAAUAUAAACAGUGCUUUAAGUAUCUUAAUGUCCAACAAAAGUGUUUUCUACAUCUUCUUAAUGUGCCUUAAACAUGCUGUUUUAAGAUUUGAUCAUAACCAAUUAACUAUGCAUGCCUUCAGUACUUUA